AUGGCGUCGUCAGGGAGAGCUAACCUCCUCAAACGGAACCCUGGCACCAUGGCCGUGUUUCUAGGCCUGCUUAGUGUUCUCAUCCCGGCUCGGUGCGAUGAGCAGGUCCCCGUCAUCAUGUGGACAAGUGAAGGCUCUGCCGUUCCCCGUCAGCCUCCACCUGCUGCAGGUCACAUCGUCGGGCACCAGCAGCUCGCCUCCUACCUGGAAAAGGCUUUGAACGUUGGUCCCCGAAAUGUUGUGCUUUUCCUUCAAGAUAAGAUGAGUAUUGAAGACUUUACCUUGUACGGAGGCGCCUUUGGAAAUAAACAAGAUGGAGUUUUUCCUAACCUUGAGGGAGCCCUUCAGUCCUCCUCUUCUCCUCUGGUUUUACCUGCUGUAUCCUGGCCAGCCUCCAACGCUGUGAUUGGUCAGCUGCAGGACCAGUUGGAGACGUCCCCUCUGUAUAUGGACCCCGAGACCCUGAGCCAGCUGAGACUGAACGCCUCAUCGCCGGCUCUGCUGGUGUUCAGGCUGCCUUAUGGAACUGGGUCAGAUCUGUUGUCUGCUAAAGAAAUUCUCAGUGGAAAUGAUGAGGUGAUGGGUCAGGUGAUGAGCAUCAUGAAGUCCCAGUCAGUUCCUUACACGGCCAUUUACACGGGCCUGCAGCCGUCCAGGAAGGAGGCAGCGUCCCUGUCUAUGGAGGCCGGGCUGGGUGGAGGACGCUCGCUGCUGCAGGCCAGAGGGAGAUACAGGGACAGAGAAAGGGGACGUCAGCCGGCCAAGGAAAGGCCUGAAGUCUACCCUCCUGUGGAGUUUAAGGAGGAAGGCAAAACAUGCAUGAUGCUGUGGGCUAAAGGCCUGACUGUGAGCAUUCUUCGGAACAAUCGCUGGGAAGAGCAUGACCUGACCAAGGCCACCUUUGAGGAUAAAGACCUCAAACUGCAUGGAUCUGACUGUGACAAAAGCAAAGCAAAGUUGGUUCUGAACUAUGACAACGUCCUCGGCCACCGUAGCUUCAAAUUGAUCUUCGCAAUGAGCCAGCGCCACUACAAGGUAUCUGCACGCCGCUGGUUCACUCUGGACGCUGUGGAGCUGGAAUAUGACGGCACUAAGGCCACAUUUAAUGGAAGCAGGAACAUCUACGCCCCCGCUGAGUACUCGUUCCGCUGCAAGUCCGUCACCAACUUCCGCUGGCCACUACUGGUCCCGCGCUCCGCCAAAGACCCGGCUAAUCAGUGGAGGGUCUCCUUUGAGGAUUUCCAGAUCCAGGGCUUUAACUUGAGCGGCAGUGAAUUUGCUUACGCCAGCGACUGCGCCGGGUUCUUCUCCCCUGGGAUCUGGAUGGGUCUGCUGACCAGCCUGCUCAUGGUGCUGGUGCUGACCUACGGCUUGCACAUGAUCAUGCAGCUCCUCACCAUGGACCGCUUCGAUGACCCCAAAGGUCCCGGCAUCUCGGUGCCGCAGACGGAGUAACACAUCUGCCGGUGUGUUUCCUGACUCCAUCCGUCCUCCAGUCUCUGCAUUGAACCCCUCCUUUCAUCCCCGCCUCUCUCAUUCCAUUCCUAACAUGCAGAUCAUUCCAUGUCGUUGUCCCUCCAUCACUGAACAAACGUACGAGUGUAACCUUAAAUGUGAAUCCUGACACUGAAGUGUCUGAUGUUAAAGUGGUUAAACAGCCACACAAUCUGGGUCCUUUCAGACCACCAUGGGUUAAUAUGUGACCCAUAUAAAGGGAGACAUACAGAGAUAACUGAUGCUUAUUUAUUAAAUGGAUUAUAUGCUAUUUAUUGUUGAUACUGUUGUGGUUACCGUGAAGUUUUGUUUGCAUUUGGUUUGUUUUAGAUAUGCGAGAUUAUUUAUGGAAAUAUUUCAUUUUGAAUUAUGUUCAUGACAUUCCAUUUUUGUGUUGUAAUGUUGACGUGACUCCAAUAAAACACAUUA